UUAGUGAAUUGAUGCAUGUUUCAGAUUUUUUUUUAAUGAAUUUGAAAGAAAUAUUUGUAGGUUUGUAGCUGUUUAUGGUAAAUUUAUAUUCUCGGCUAGUUGGAUUAGAGAAGUGCGCAUGCGUUAAAGAUGGAGCUCUGUUUCCGGGAAGAACAGCCAGCGGUGAGGAAGAACUGAGGGUUUAUUGUUUAGUUACUACAAAAAUGACAGCCGUUACGAUUUCGCCGGCUGCACAUGGAAUUAUACAAGCUGUAAAUGAAAGCAACCUAUGCAAAAUCGAAAGCUUCCUCAAUGACACAGCGUACAGGGAAGCCAUAGAAAAUUCGUCAAAUUAUAAUAGUCGACUAUGCAGGGAACGACGUCUACGUAUGCCUUUCCUAGAUUCGCAAACAGGUGUAGCACAAAAUCAUUCUGCGUUGUUUAUGUCUGCGAGAGAAAGGCUGCCAGGUUUAUUACACGGUCAAAUAUACACAUAUCCUAGCAAAAGAUGGCGGAAAAAACGGCGGCAAUAUUUGAUGCAUUAUUUGCAUCCAAAAAGAGGACCAAGAGAUACCGAAGAUGGUGUAGAAGGUAUAGAAACUAUAACACAUGUAAAUGAUGAUAGCAAAGAAUCUAUGUCUUUGAAAGAAGAACAUAGUAAAGAUACAUGGUAUUACGAUGACCAAGACAUGCUGGAUAUGGAUACGUACGAAGAACCUGAUGCCGAAAGUGACUAUGACUAUGAAGAAUAUUAUAGCAGUAAAAGGAAACGAAGGAAACCUCGUGGGGGUGGUCACCAUCCUGUACGAAAUCAUCCGUCUUCCACAGAUAGCCCUGGGGGCAAACGUACUAAGGGUGGGGGACGUGGGCGGAAAAAAGCCAACUAUGAUGCAGUUGACACUGAUAAGCCAUUCGUUUGUGACCUAUGCAGCGCACGGUAUAAAACCAGACCUGGUCUGGUCUACCAUUACGGUCAUUCCCACUCUACUUCCUCCGGUGAUCCUGCUAAGGAACUAAGUCCCAGUCCUGCCGAAGUUGAACCUAGGAGCGUUGCAGACACCGCUGCUUCGAACCAGCCAGGUGGUACACGUCGGGGUCGUCAGAACGCAACUACGUCGAGUACUUCGAGCCCCUCCCCCGCAGCGCCUUCCGCGACCGCUGCGGGUGGAGCGUCGACGCCCCAGCCCCAGUCGCAGCCGGCACCGCAGCAGCCGCAGCAACAGCCACCGCAGCCACAGCCUCAGGCAUCACCAGCACCGCAGCAGCCGUCACCGGCUCAGCAGCCGCAGGCGACCGCUGCACAGACGUCGGUCGCGCCUGCCUCGCCCACGAUACCCGCGACGAAAGAAGAACACCUGCCGGCCGCCUCGUCCCCGGGCACGGCCGUACCCUCGCCUUCUUCCUCCUCGGUCAGAGCCGAGGGGCCACCCACUCCAGGAGGGACGAACGAAAAGAAAGCUGGCAAAUCAGCACAACCCUCCCCUUACUGCGACUUCUGUCUGGGCGAUGCUAGGGAAAAUAAAAAGACCGGCGGCUCCGAGGAGCUGGUCUCUUGCAGUGAUUGCGGUCGCUCAGGGCAUCCGACUUGUUUGCAAUUCACAGCGAACAUGAUCGUUUCUGUUCGCAAGUACAGGUGGCAGUGUAUCGAAUGCAAAUGCUGUUCCAUUUGUGGCACUUCUGACAACGAUGAUCAGCUGCUGUUCUGUGACGACUGUGAUCGUGGAUACCACAUGUAUUGUCUGUCUCCACCUCUUGCAUCUCCUCCUGAGGGCUCCUGGUCUUGCCGUCUGUGCAUAGCAGAAUUUCAUCGCCGUGAUUAAAAGACGGUCUUGUUUCGUAGAUAAGUCACGGAUGUUUCUUUUUUCUUUUUUUUUUUUUUUUAUCAUCUAUUCGCUGUGGUGCACUGGCCAUUUUUUUAUUGUCGAAUUAGGAGAGUAUUCGAAAAAGCUCAUUGUCCCUCCUUUUAUGUAGUAUUACGUUAAAAUAGACGCUGAUGUAUACAGCCAUCAAACGAGGAUCUUUUUUUUUUUUUCGUUUAAAAGAGAGACGAGUUUCAUCAAUAAAGAGUUGGCACCAUUAAGAAUUCCUUUGUUUGUUGUAAGUUCCAGUUAAUAACGAAGGAAAUAUCGCGAAGUAUUCGUAGAUUGCGUAUAGGCUGCGUUUAGAUAUCUCAGGCACUGGUGAUCUCAAGCAACUAAAAGUAUGAUAACUAACGUAUUAUAAUUUAUAAUUUUAAUGAAGUAGCGUUUAUUCAGUAGAUGUAUGAAAAAAUGUAGCGUUAAAGGGCUGUCCCUGAUAUUGUUUUGUUUGUUCUUAUCGAGAAACGAAUGAACAGCCUCUUUAAAGCUUGCCGUUACAAGUUAAAUGGAACUGAUAAAAAGCAAAUAACUUUAGUAUCAAGGAUCUUCGACAUCCGUUUAGGGUAUAUCGUCGAAUUGCCACACGGUUUUAACUCGAAACGAAACGUAUUUUUUAUUGAUUUUUAAAAGAGAAACGUAAUAUUUAUGAUGUUUUCUUAUUAUCUAUCUUAGAAAGUAGUUAUUGAGAAUUGUGAAAAAAAAAAA